UCUGGGCGAACACUUCUCACUCGCUGACGAUCAGUCGUAGUGAGCGUAUCGUUGUGCUCCGGUGAAACCUGUCCCUGUGCUCCAGACUGAUCUAGCAACCCGUUUGGAAGUGGCGUGUUCGACUGUCAUCAAGAUUCAACGGUUUCGUGAUAGUUUCAAUUGAAGCAAUUUUCGUUUGGGUGAUUUUUGCGCAGUGUUGUGUAAUAGUAUUACGUGAAAGGCUCUUAUUACGGUGUAAAAAAUCUGCCCUAUCAUGGAGGUCAUUUUCUCUAUCAAUGCGAAACCUUAUCAAAUUAACUCGAAGAGCGUACCGGUUGAUACCUCUUUGAACACCUUUAUCCGGAACCAUGCCCAUCUGAGUGGAACCAAGUUUAUGUGCCUCGAGGGAGGCUGUGGUGCUUGCGUGGUUAACCUCAGCGGCGUACAUCCGGUCUCUGGAGAGAUCUUCUCGUAUGCCGUUAACUCAUGUCUAUUUCCUGUACUCGCUUGUCAUGGCAUGGACAUUACUACGGUCGAGGGAAUCGGUGACAAGCAACGUGGCUAUCACGCUACCCAAAAGUUGCUGGCUCACUUCAACGGUACCCAGUGUGGAUACUGCUCUCCCGGCAUGGUCAUGAACAUGUACAGCCUUCUGGAGACUAAGAAGGGAAAGGUCACCAUGGCGGAGAUCGAAAAUUCGUUCGGAGGCAACAUUUGUCGCUGUACUGGUUAUCGGCCCAUCCUGGACGCUUUCAAGGCUCUGGCCGUCGAUGCCGACCCCAAAAUCAAGGAAAAGUGUCAGGAUAUUGAGGAUCUUACCAAGAUUUGUCCCAAGACUGGAUCGGCCUGUGCUGGCAAGUGUGCUGCGGCUGGAAAAAUCAACCCCAAUAAGGGACUACAUCUGAACUUCGAUGAGCAGAAAGAAUGGCAUAAGGUUUACAAUGUAAGUGAUAUCUUUGCCAUCUUCGAGAGCAUUGGAGAAAAGCCCUACACGCUUAUUGGAGGCAAUACUGCCCAUGGAGUGUACCGUCGUAGCGAUGCAAUCCAAGUCUUUAUCGACACCAAUGCGGUCCAAGAGCUGCGCGCUAGCUCAGUAGGAAGCUCCAUAACCGUGGGAGCUGGAACCUCCCUGACCGAGCUGAUGAACCUGCUGUCCUUCGCUGCGAAACAAAACAAGAAUUUCUCAUACCUCGAACACUUGGUCCAACAUAUCGAUUUGAUUGCCAACGUACCUGUUCGUAAUACUGGAACGAUCGCUGGUAAUCUUAGCAUCAAAAACCAACAUCAUGAAUUCCCCUCCGAUCUGUAUCUUAUCUUGGAGGCGGCUGACGCAACUUUGACCGUUCUGGAAGCCCAGGGCAAAACGAAGACCGUGCGACCUUCCGAGUUCGUUACUCUAGACAUGAAGAAAAAGCUGCUGCUCAACAUUAUCCUUCCUCCACUAGACCCAUCCAUCUACGUGUACCGUUCGUUCAAGAUCAUGCCUCGGGCUCAGAAUUCACACGCCUACGUUAACGGUGCAUUCCUGAUUAAGUUGGACGGAUCGAAUAUUGUAUCGAGUAACAUUUGCUUUGGAGGAAUCGAUCCCCAAUUUACGCAUGCUUUGAAAACGGAAGAGUUCCUCAAGGGAAAGAACCUCCUAACCAAUGAAGCUAUUCAAGGAGCCCUGAAGAUCUUGGCAAGUGAACUGAAUCCUGACCAUGUGCUUCCUGAUGCUGCUCCAGAGUAUCGUAAAAAUCUGGCCCUUUCGUUGUUCUACAAGUUUGCGCUUAACAUUGCACCGGAACUGAAGGUAUCCGUUAAAAAUGAAUAUAAAUCCGGUGGAUCAGUUCUCGACCGUCCCCUGUCGUCCGGCACACAAUCGUUCGACACAAUCAAAGAAAAUUGGCCGCUUACGAAGAACAUUCCUAAAAUCGAAGGUAUGCUGCAAACUUCGGGAGAGGCCAAGUAUUCAAACGAUUUGCCAGCGUUCCCGAACGAACUAUACGCGGCUUUCGUUCUGGGAACGGAGUCACAGACGAAGAUUAUCAACAUUGAUGCGUCAGAAGCGUUGAAACUGCCUGGCGUUGUUGCAUUCUACUCGGCGAAGGAUAUCCCGGGAGCAAAUAAUUUUAUGUACUUCAAAGGAUUCAUGGGCCCACACGAUGAGGAAAUCUUCUGCAGUGAGAAGCUCAUCUAUCAUGGGCAACCGGUUGGUCUUGUAGUCGCCGAAACCUUCAAUCUGGCCAAUCGUGCCAGCAAGCUCGUAAAGGUCCAGUACGAAAAAACGGGCUCGGCACGCUACCCUACCGUGAAAGAUGUGCUCCGUGCUAAGGUUACCGAGCGGCUGAACGAUAUGCCGUACAGCACGUUGGGCGAAGAGUUUGAAGCUGCACCCAAAGGUGCGAUCAAGGUGAAGGGAUGCUUUGAAAUCGGAGGUCAGUAUCAUUACACCAUGGAGACCCAAACUGCUGUUUGCAUUCCGAUCGAGGACGGUAUGGACGUGUACUCGGCCACACAGUGGAUCGAUUUUACGCAAAUUGCCAUCUCCAAGCUGCUGAACGUGCCCGAGAAUAGUCUCAACCUAUACGUGCGUCGCCUGGGAGGAGGUUACGGGUGUAAAGGCACCAGGGCCACUUUGAUUGCUUGUGCGGCAGCUCUAGCAGCCCACAAGACGCAACGUCCGGUGCGUCUUGUGAUGACGCUCGAGGCCAACAUGGAAGCCAUUGGCAAGCGUUACGGUGUCGUCUCCAACUACGAGGUGGAUGUGGAAAAGGAUGGCAAAAUUACGAAGCUGUUCAACGAAUACGUGCACGACUUUGGAUCAUGUCUGAACGAGUCUAUGGGCCACUGUGCGGAGUUCUUCAAGAACUGCUACGACAACAAGGCUUGGAAGACGGUUGCCAAGGGUGCCAUCACGGACUCUGCUAGUAACACCUGGUGUCGCGCUCCGGGUACAACGGAGGGUAUCGCCAUGGUGGAAACGAUCAUGGAACAUGUCGCUCACGCGACUGGGCUUGAUCCAUUAGACGUGCGCAUGGCCAACAUGCCAAAGGAUUUGAAGAUGUACGAGCUGAUGCCUCAAUUCCGCGCCGAUGUCGAGUAUGAUACGCGCAGGCAGGAAAUCGAGCAGUUUAAUCGUGAGAACCGCUGGAAGAAGCGUGGCAUUGCCAUCACACCGAUGCGCUACCCGUUAGGCUACUUCGGAACGAUCCAUGCGCUUGUGUCGAUCUACCACACCGACGGUAGCGUGGUCAUCACACACGGUGGCAUCGAAAUGGGUCAGGGUAUGAAUACGAAGGUCGCACAGGUCGCGGCCUACGUGUUGGGGAUCCCGAUGGAAAAGAUUAGCAUUAAACCAUCGGCCAAUAUGACGUCACCGAACUCUAUCUGUACCGGUGGAAGCAUGACCAGCGAAACAGUGUCGUUUGCGGUUAAGCAAGCGUGUGAGAUUUUGCUGGAGCGCAUGAAACCGAUCCGCGAAGAGUUGAAGGACGCUUCUUGGGAAACGAUCGUGGAGAACAGCUACUACAAGAAUGUGGACCUUUGUGCGACUUACAUGUACAAGGCGUCAGAUCUGCAACCUUACAUCAUCUGGGGUUUGACCUGUACCGAGGUCGAAAUCGAUGUGCUAACCGGCAACGUACAGCUGCGCCGUGUUGAUAUCCUGGAGGAUACUGGCGAAAGCUUGAGCCCCGGUAUUGAUAUUGGUCAGGUCGAGGGCGCAUUUAUUAUGGGCGUUGGUUACUAUUUGACCGAGGCGCUGAUCUACGAUCCGCAAACCGGUGCAUUGCUGACGAACCGUACCUGGACGUACAAGCCGCCGGGAGCGAAAGACAUUCCGAUUGAUUUCCGGGUGCGCUUCCUGCAAAAGAGCACCAAUGCGACCGGAGUGCUACGCUCCAAGGCGACCGGUGAACCGGCCAUGAACAUGACCGUAUCGGUACUGUGCGCCCUGCGUAAUGCAGUUCGGGCAGCACGCAUCGAUGCGGGUUUGCCGAAUGAAUGGGUUCAACUCGGAGCUCCAUCCACACCGGAUCAGGUAUAUCUGGCGUCGGGCAACUCUGUAGAGCAGUAUUUGUUGAACUAAUCCUUAUAUGCUUUAAACGUACGGAAUAAUUUGCACGGAUGCUGCUCAAAGAUGGUUCCAUAGAGGGAAUCUUAUAGAGGGGUUCUUUAAAAUUCCGUCAUAGUUUUUUUUUUCUUAAUAAAAUGUAAUACUUAUAAUGAAAUAUAUUGGAAAAACUGGGAUAGGUGUGCAGAAUCAAUAACCAAUAAAAUGUACAAUAAAGCAUUUGUUUACAACAAUUA